CUAUCACUGGUCAUCACUGAAAAAAGCUUAACUCCAUCUUCUUGACACUCACCCUUUACGUAUUUGUAAACAUUGAUGAGGUCACCCCUCAGUCUCCUUUUCUCCAAACUAAAGAGACCCAGCUCCCUCAGCCUUUCCUCAUAAGGGAGAUGUUCCACUCCCUUAAUCAUCUUUGUGGCUCUGCGCUGGACUCUUUCAAGCAGUUCCCUGUCCAAACUGUGACUUGUCUCACUACUCCCUGCACAAGCACAAUGAGCCACUGAUGUCCUCUGAAUUCAUCAGCAAAUGCUGAUGAGCCACAGAGACUACAACUGCAUGUUCCUGAGAGUGAGAGUCAUCAUGGUUUGGAGGAGCCCCUACACAUAAGAAAACACAGACCUUUGCCUGUGUGCUUCACCACAAGAUAUUUCCUUCUGCACUUCCUUGCAUGUUCAUCUCUUGCUCCUCAGGAACCUUUGCCUGGUUCUGGAGGAAUACUGGUAUAACACUGCUUAGUUGUUUGUUUGGGGUGUUUUUUUUUCUCUUUCCUUAUUUGUGACCUUUACUGUUUAUUUUGUUGUCUGACAAUGGCUCAAGGACAUGUCUGGUUGCUUCCAGCUUCAUUUACAGUAUCACCUGUUGUCAAAACAGUAUCAAAUUCAUUGAGCUAUUAUUUUUGUCUUCAAGUUGAACCUGAGGAAGAGAAACAAGAGCUUCCUCUAGAAGGCUUAUGUCCCAGCAGACAGGAAACAUCCCAAAGGAACCCCAGCAGAGACUCCUGGGAGAUCUCCAAGGACUCAGUGGCUGAGGCAAGAGCAAAGAACUCCACGUCUAUUAAAUCCCCAGUACCUCUUUCAGCAAAGUGUGUUCAGAAUAAAAAACAGAGGAAAGAGAGUCUCCAGACCAAAACUCCCUCCACUGAGAGUCUUAAUUCAGGAAGACUUGAAGAGGAAACAGAAGAUAGUGGGCAUGAGCCAAGAGAGGGGAGCAACACCUACCGCCACUCUGCAAUAUCCAGGCAGAGGGAAGCAGAGGGAACCAAAUCCACAUCAAGUACUAAAGAACCAGCAACAGGCAAGCACCAGACCCUGAAGUCUAGAGGACCUGAAUCUUCCAGGAAGACCAUCAAAGCCAGCUAUGAAAAAGCCAAGGAGACCUGCAACAGAUUAAGUCCCAAAGAAUCUUUAGCAUCAUUAGGGCCAGAUGGGAAAGCAGAAUGGAAGCUCCCUCUGGAGAACAGAAAGAGAACGAGCUCCAUCUCUGAUAGUAGCAAAUAUAAAUCAGCCAGUGCAGAUGAACUUACCAGGGAAGACAAGGAACGUCGAGCUCUGUGCGAGGCCGCGUUAAUCAUGGGACAGAAGAGAAUCGGCGACCGUACUAAAAUGCUGAAAAACCCCUUGGACUCUCCUCCAUCUUUUGCUGAUUACAACCAUCUGGGUUUUAACCUGAGGUCAAAUAUAUUCCAAGGUGGCCCACUGAAGAGCCAAAGCUUGAUGAAAGAUUCCUACACCCCUGAAAUAAUUCAGAAGGCAAUCAGGGACCCCAAGAAUUGGCAUGGAAGGAGAACUGAUGAGCUAGGAGAAUGGUAUAAGAAACAUGCACUAGAUCUUAACGUACAGAAAGCAUUGGAGGACAAAUAUGGAAAGAAGAAAAGCAAGCCUUAGAAGGUGAAGGUAGAGGACUGAGCUACAUUCAGAGAAGUAUCUUCUUCCUCAGCCUUUUAAUA